UCACACAUGGACCUACUGACUGUGUGUGUGUGUGUGUGUGUGUGUGUGUGUGUUUUCUUGUGAUUUUAAGGGAGAUUUUAUUAAGAGGCGGUGCUUGUUGGCUCCGGAGUAGCGUCGUAACGACACUUUUUUUCUCUCCCCCCCAGUCCUUGUUAAAAGAGUUUGACCAGGGCCAGAGUUGGUGCUGGGGGGUCGCUUACUGCUAGGUUAUUUCCUGGGGGGUGAUUGCUGCAUUUUUUUUAUUUUUAUUAUUUAAAUCCCAGCUGAUUGUUUCCCCCCCUAAUUUUUUUUUUUUUUAAAUUUUAUCUUAAUCUUUAUUUUUUUUCUACUGUCCUGAUUAUCGCCUCUCGCUCUCUCACUCCACAAGACCUGACACCCCUCGGAGAUUUUUUUUAAUUUCCUCCUUUUUUCAGAUCAUGAACAAACUAUAUGUUGGGAAUUUAAGUCCUUCGGUCACUGUCGAGGACUUGCAGCAGCUCUUCGGGGAGAGGAAGCUGCCAGUGGCCGAGCAGGUCUUGCUGAAAUCCGGCUAUGCUUUUGUGGACUUCCCCGAUCAGAACUCGGCCAUAAAGGCGAUAGAGACUCUUUCUGGUAAAGUUGAGUUGCACGGGAAGGUGAUAGAGGUAGACUACUCUGUUCCCAAAAGACUACGGAGUCGGAAGAUCCAGAUCCGGAACAUUCCCCCUCAUCUACAGUGGGAGGUUUUGGACGGCCUUCUUGCUCAGUAUGGUACUGUAGAGGACGUGGAACAAGUGAACACUGACACAGAAACAGCGGUGGUGAAUGUUACGUACGCAACCAAGGAGGAAGCUAAAGUAGCCAUUGAGAAGUUGACGGGACAACAGUUCGACGACUGCUCCUUCAAGGUGUCCUACAUUAUGGACAUGGAUGCUGCUCCGCCUGUCCAGGCGGCCCGCACUCGGCGCGGGGGGCGAUCGUCCCGGGACCAGGGCCCCUGCCUGCCCGGGCCCUCGGGGGGCUAUGGCGCCCCGCGUCCCCGGCAACACGACUUCCCCCUGCGCAUGCUCGUGCCUACUCAGUUUGUGGGAGCCAUCAUCGGCAAGGAGGGCCUGACCAUCAAGAAUGUCACCAAACAGACACAGUCCAAGGUGGACAUUCACCGGAAGGAAAAUGCAGGUGCGGCAGAAAAGCCCAUCACCAUCCACUCGACGCCCGAGGGCUGCUCCUCCGCCUGCCGCAUGAUCCUGGACAUCAUGCAGAAGGAGGCCAACGAGACCAAGACGACCGAGGACAUCCCUCUGAAAAUACUUGCUCACAACAGCCUGGUUGGCCGGCUGAUCGGGAAGGAGGGCCGCAACCUGAAGAAAAUCGAAGAGGAGACAGGGACCAAGAUAACCAUCUCCUCGUUACAUGAAUUAACUAUUUACAACCCUGAGAGGACCAUCAUAGUGAGGGGCAGCCCGGAGGCGUGUCAUAAAGCCGAGGUCGAGAUAAUGAAGAAACUGAGGGAAGCCUACGAGAACGACGUUGCUGCUUUAAACCAACAGGCCAACCUGAUUCCAGGCUUGAACCUGAACGCUCUGGGCAUCUUCUCCUCUGGCCUGCCGAUGCUGCCCCCUGCUGCCGGACCACGCGGUGCAAUGCCCGCUGUGGCACCAGCAGGAUACAACCCAUUCUUAAGUCACUCUUCACAGUUCAGUGGCCUGUACGGGGUUCCUCCAGCAAGUGCCGUCCCCCACCAGCACUCACAACAGGCUCCAGAACAGGAGGUGGCCUACCUCUUUAUUCCAACUCAGGCAGUCGGGGCCCUGAUCGGCAAGAAGGGCCAGCACAUCAAGCAGCUCGCCCACUUCGCUGGAGCUUCCAUCAAGAUUGCUCCACCCGAAACCCCUGAUGUCAUUGUUAGGAUGGUGAUCAUUACUGGAACUCCAGAGGCUCAGUUUAAGGCCCAGGGUCGGAUAUUUGGGAAGCUGAAGGAGGAGAACUUCUUCACAGCGAAGGAGGAAGUCAAGCUGGAGACUCACAUCAAGGUUCCCUCCACCGCAGCCGGCAGGGUCAUCGGUAAAGGAGGCAAGACGGUCAACGAUCUACAAAACCUAACGAGUGCGGAGGUCAUCGUGCCGCGGGACCAAACUCCAGAUGAGAACGACGAGGUCUUUGUGAAAAUCAAUGGCCAUUUCUUUGCCAGCCAGACUGCGCAGAGGAAGAUCCGGGAGAUCAUACAGCAGGUCAAACAGCAGGAACAGAAACACCAGCAGGGCGCCGCUGUGUCACCGCACCACUCCAAGUGACCUGACGGGCCGACUUCCGCGGGCGCCAGCCAAUGAAUGUAGCCCCUCCCAAAACGGACAGAGACCUACCUAGGCUAAGGCCGAGGCCCAAGGGGGACAUGCAGGGCAGACCAGCAGCACCGGGAUCAAAACCAAAGAACUUUACUGUGGGGGAAACAAGUGAGAGCCAAAGGCUGAAGGCAUUGUGUGUGCACUGCCAGCCCUGUGAGCGCAGAUAGAGGAGGAGAAACCAUACUGAUAUAACACAAUGAAAAAGAAAAAAAAGAAAAAGGCCAAAAAAAUUUAAAAUCUGCAAGAGAUGGAAAAUGGCAGAGAAUUGGAACUGAGCUGUUGUCUUCGAGUUAAAAAAAAGUCAACAGGAAAUAGAACAGCGCCCUGCAUAACGUUAUGUCUUUAGUUGGACUAACAUAGUUCUAACAAACGGAUAAAGCAACUGUAUUAACACAAACGUAUACGAGGCAUUGUGAUUGACAUUUUUGGGGUUAGAAUGAGAGCGAGCGACAAUGGACCUUCUCUCUGAGAUAUUCAGAUUGCAAGAUUAAUUAUCCUUAGCAGUAUUAUUAAUACAGAGUAGAGAAGUAUAUUGAUGCACACUGAGGGUAAGCACUGUUGUUUUUCUACUAAAUGACAGAACAGCUUGGUGUAGUUUGUAAAUGUUUUAUCGUGCUUGUUCCAGAGAUCGAUCGGACCUUGACAGCCACAAAACACAACAAAAACCCGGUUUCCCUUGUUUGUUCACACUUGAGGCCACUGAAAUCAGUAAACAGAGAAAACCCCUAUAAGUUAAACCUAAUGGUGAAUGGUUCUGAGUCUUUGUAACAAGCCUGUGUGUGUGCCAACACAAAAGAUAACGUCCCUUUGAAACGUCUCUUCCCAUUCAUAUCCGAUGCUACACAUAUUUCUUUUUUUAUGUCUCUCCUCUCCGCUUCACUUUCUCAUCACUCUCUCUCAUCUGGCAUCAUGGCUUUUUUAAUAGGAUACAAAAUAUUUGUCGUCGAGGAACACCUCUCCCCCCCCCCCCCCCCCCGUAGCCUUUUGACAACAGUGAACUGACUGCCACUUUCACUCAACAGAGGUCAGACGCCACCGAGGGUUUUUAUCAUUUUUUAACCAGUUAACUGGUAUCACUCUCCCAUUCUGUAUAGAAGUAGAGUAUAUCUUCAUUAAAGCUUGCUGCCCAUAUAUAUAAAUAUCUAUUUAAAAAAAAGAUAAUCAAAAGGAUGUCUGUGAAGGCGUUGUCCUCGCCGAUCAGAGUAAAAAAUUUACGUCUUAAAAGAAAAGGGUGCACUUUUUGCUUGUAAGCAGGCGACCGGACGUUUUAUUUGAAUGUGCACCGCCACACGCUCGGCCUUAUGUGGACGUCAGGAGGGUCGGCACAACAUGUGAGCUGAGGGCCCCGGGAAAAGGGGGACAGGACGCAGAGGGUGGGAGAGGGCAGACUUGUGGUGUGGCAGUGAGGGUAAAGGUUUUGGGUGUAGAAGGGUGGGUGGGGUUGCGUUUGGCUUUCACCCUCUCUCGAAAACGGCAGGACAGCUGUGAAUGUACAAUAUGCAGCCUUUAAAAAAAAAAACUGUCACCCCCCCUGCCGUGUCCAGUGGGGGCCGGGCCAGAGGCACAGACACACAGAUUGUCAUCCUCACUCCUCGCUCUUUUCUUUUACUUUUCACUUUCAUUUUUGUGUGUGUGUGUGUGUCAUUUUGAUUUCGGCGAGCCGGGCCGGCUGCUGCGCGAGCACGCUGGACACGCAGGCAUGUCCUGGUGUCCCCUCUGUGCUUUUACUUUGGAGACCGUGGAAGCUUGUUGCCUUAUUUUGUCACCACACGACCCAUCCGCUUCAUCUUCCAGACUUAAAAGGUUAUUGCCAAUACGCACAGCCUCCUCCUUGUGUGUGUAUGCGUGUGUGCGUGUGUGUGCGUGUGUGUAUAUAUAUAAAAAGAGAGUUAUAUUUAUGAAUCUAUUUUUUUCCUAUUUUGUGAUGAGAGCUAUUGAUAAGAAACAAAAAGAAAAACAAAGUCCUUUUCUUUUUUUCCUCAGUGGGACACUGCCAUAUUAUUUUGAAGGGAAGCGUUUAUUUUCUUGAAAAACUAGACUAUGAAUAAUAAUAUAAAUGAAAAAACCUGAAAAAUAGGAGAACAGCAGCGUGAACGACCGUGCUAACUUUGGUCAGGAUGUGAACAGUGCGCAUGUCAGUAUUGUGAUCUACCUCAGGCUUCAGGGUACCUCAGUCCAAUCUUUCAUUUCCCCUUUUUUCCACAUUUUGUAUGCCUUGUUAACCUUGUUGAUCAUUUUGAGAGUUUUUAAAUUUUCUUUUUUAAUGAAAACAAAAAAAAAGAGAUCAAAACAGAAGAUCUUACAGUUAUCUCUGAGCUUUUCAGGUCCAGCUGACUAGUGAAACUUUGUAAACCGUAGUCAACUCUGGUGGACUUGUCUUUGCCUGGACGCCAGACGACCUCUUAAUGAUAAAGGAUUUCCAAGUCCAUAUUCUUUUUAUUUGCUAAGAAGGAAUGAAGUGCAGGAUCUAAGGGGUACACACCUGCCCGAAGUGGUUCUGAAUGUGGAUGUUGUGUACUGAUUUCACCAUUUAAAAAAAAACAACAACAACAUACAAACUGGUUGAUAGAGAGACUAACCAACUGUACCUCCUGUUUUUUCCCAACUGUACCUCCAGGUUUUUUUUAGACUUAAAAGCAAAACAACAACAAAAAAAAACACAAUGACGUUUAUUCACUUGUAUGAAAAGAAAAAAAAUGAAUUUUAUAAUCACCCAAACCGAUCUUACCAGCUCUAUUUGAUAACAGCAUAACUCUGGGGUUGAUUUGAAGAAAAAACAACAACAACUACAACAACAACAACGCAAAGCUGCAAAUAUACACUGACAGGACUCUUGAACAUGGUGUAAAAUCCUCGUCUUCUGUGUAGAAUGUAGAGUCGUUGAGAUGUCACUGUGUACGAUAAAAGAUAACUGUGUAUCUGUAAACAUGUACAAUAGAGUCACACAUAAAUGCAUCGUUCUCUGUCUCUCUAUAACACUUACACAAGUCUGCACCUGCAUUGUGAGAGAUGGUGGGAGGCUGCUCGCACCCGUCUGCCCAUCUUAGUUUCAUCCUCUUUAUUUUGUGCUGUACAUUUCAGAAUUACCUCUCAGAAUCCAAGGCUGACUUUAGUUACUAAAAACCAAUGUAGGGCAACAACUAAAAAAAUAAAGAAAAAAGUAUUAAAUAAAUGAAUGAUCUAUGUAGUGAAAGUUAGUGUUUGUCUUUGGAGUUCUUUUUAACUGUUUUUAGAGGGCAGACUUUUGUCAUCAGAUGAGGUUCUUCUUUUCUUCGUCCCGGUGAACACAGACUAGCAGUGCUAAAAAAACAAAAAAGGUCUAUGGAACUCACACAAUGCCUGAGGCCGUCUCAGCGAGCCUCCCCGCAGCCAGUACAGUACCUCAUACUGAUGACACUAGCUCAGCAGACCUGAUCACAGGACCCCCGACCUUACCCACGCCCAAUGCAUCGCGGUGCUUCUUCUCGUAGGGCGCGUCGAGGAAGAAGCGGCUUUUCACGGUAGCACUGGAAGUUGUAGUUUGUCUGUCACGGCUUGUUUUAAACUGUCAGGAGUAGUUUUUCUUUGGGGUUUUUAGAGCAGUUUUGAAGUGGAGGCCCUUUCCUUGCAUCGCAGAGGCCUCCUCGGUUCAGACCUCUGUCUCUCUUGUGUUUUUUUUGGCUCUUUAGAAGCGCAGGUUUCCCUCCGGCGUGUUUGUUUUCCGGCAUCCUGGUUGUUGACACACGUGAGGCAGCCGCUUUCUGAGGCCAAUCUUGUCAGGAUGGUAGUAAACUUUGAACAUCCAAGGAUAGUUGUUUCUAGGUUUUUGUGGGGUGUUGCUAGGCAUUAAUAUUCAGUACCAGAAAAACCACACAAAGUACACACAUCACUGAGGAUGUACAGUGUUGUUAGUCAGAUCACAUGGUGGUUGGAUAGUUUAGGCUUUUAUUUCAUUUAACUUUCUUCUGUUGAUCUGAGGUUUUUCUCGUCAUUUACACUGAUUUAAUGAUGCAUUUUUUUUUUUUUUUUUAUGUCUGGGGCGGUAGAUGUGAUUCUUUGCUUUAAUAUUCAUUCCUGUUUGAUCACUAUCAAUAAUACUAGCUGUUAAAAUGUGGUUUUUAAAAAAUGAUCCUAGCUUGGGUUUUCAACGUAUUUUGGAAUCAGAAAAAAGAAAAUUUCAAGUAAACAUGAUUGUUUGACGAGCAGGAAGGUUGACAGAGUAUCAGGUCGGAAAAAAGGAAAGUUCAUUAUUCAUGUUCCGCUUUCGGGACUGAACGGCAAACAGGGCAUUUGACAACCAUUCGGAAAAAGGAGAGACAAACGAUGGAUUAGCUGAGGAAGGAUUCAGUGAACCUCUGGUCAGAUGUGUGCAGAACCAGAGCAGUGUUGCUUUUUUUUCGUCCCAUCUUCUUGUUCAAAGUAAAAACACAACGCAUUGCAUGAGACUGUUCUAGGCGAUCCAGUACGUAUAACACUUCAUAUAGCACUAGACCUUCAGUAGUGGUUUUACAUUGAUCCAUUUCUUAACUGCUUUACACCAUUUGGGAAAAAUUCCUUUUCGUUUCCUCAGUAGGUCAAAAUCUCCCUCAAUCCUACAUUUCCCAUGGGCCAAAAGGUCCCAGACACCUCAAGGUAAUUGGAGACUGUGCGCCGGACAGACAUAUGAUCCUUAUUUAACACAUCUCGUGGAUCCAUGCCUCUCUGGUAAACAGCCAUGCUGUUGUUUUGAGUUGUGAGUGAACUGUAUUGCUGAGCAACCUGGAUCUGAGCAAUAAAGAAUAUUUGAAAGAAAA